AUGUCAUUAACUGUUCGUGAUCGUCGACAUAAACAUGAAUCCGGUGCUGAAAUCAUAUUUCAAAAUAUAAUUAAACAAUGUAAAAAGAAUAAGACACAUUUUGUUGACAAUCACUUUCCUCAUUCAACACAAUCUAUCGGAUCAGACUCAUUCACACAAGUUUCCAAAUGGCUAAAAAUAUCAAAUGUUGCUCGUUCAUUCGAUGAUGAUCGUAAAUUACCAUGGACAAUAUUUUCAUCACCUACACCAAGUGAUAUUCAACAAGGUGCUUUAGGCAAUUGUUGGUUAGUGGCUGCGUUAGCUUUGAUAUCUGAACGACCUCGUUUACUUGAACACAUUCUUCUUACAAAAACAGUUAAUAAUGAAGGUAUUUAUCUGGUGCGUAUUUGUCACAAUGGUUUGUGGAAAACAAUUAUUGUUGACGAUUACUUUCCAUGCACAAAACAUAACCAUCUUGUCUUCGCUCAAGCCAAACGUCGUCAAUUAUAUGUUCCAUUGAUCGAAAAAGCGUGUGCGAAAUUAUUUGGUUCUUAUGCCGCUCUAAAAAGUGGAAAUAUGCGUGAAGGUCUUCAAUUAUUGACUGGAGCACCAUGUGAUUAUAUCGAUCUUAAACCAUCGGAUACUACACUUGAUGGUGAUAUCAUCUGGGCUAAACUGAUAUCUGCUUGCGAAUCGAAAUUAUUGAUUGGCGUAGCAUCAGGUGGAACUGGUGUGAGCUCAAAAGAAUAUGAUCGUGUUCAUAUUCAUAAUAAUCAUGCGUUUUCUGUCCUUGCUGCACAUGCACUCGGCAGUAAAUUAUCUCGAUUUGUGCUUGUUCGUGAUCCUCAUUCUCAUUCGGACUAUCAAGAAGAAUCGGUGACAGAUAGUGUUCUCAAACAAUUACGUUUAGUUAAUCCUGCACAACGUUCUGAUGGUGCUUUUUGGAUAUCAUGGCCUCGAUUUCUUCGUUAUUUUUCGUCAUUAGUUAUUUCAACUUAUAAUGGUGAUCUUUUUGAUAUACGCGAACAAUGUAAAUUUACUCGAUCAUCUAUUCAAUAUUUACCGACUUAUCAUUUUCAUGUACCAAGAACAUCAUUCGUAAAUAUAAGUUUGGUACAUCAUCGUCAUGAUCGAAAAACACGUAGUUCUCAUACUCAGUCAUUUGUUCUGUGCGAUGCUGAUGAAUUAAAAUCAACUGGCACUGUUGGUAAACGUGAGAGUAUAUUAAUGUGUAAACGUGGAGGUUUCACAUAUUGGACAGGAUCAUUAAGAGCUGGUUAUUAUGUACUUAUACCUUUCUCUAUUAGUUUCUGGCAAAAGGAUAAAGAAAAUAGAGAUUUUACUCUUGUUAUACAUUCAAGUGUACAAUUUAAUUUAUCUAUCAAAGAUAAACCGGCAACAUUGCUCACUGAUUGUCUGAUUUCAGCUGUUAAAAAAGAUUCUAAAAAGAAACAAGACAAUGAUGCUAUCUUUUAUACAACAUCAGGUGAAUUAGGAUUGACGAUAUUCGUUGCCGAGAAUGUAUCGAUAACAAAUUAUCUAAGUUUGGAUAUCAAUAUACAACUUGCAAAAAAUGUUCGUCAUUCUCGUUUCAUUGGCUUCCCAAAUAGCACUCAUGAUUCUAUUCCACCACGACAUCGUCAAUUAAUAUUUAUUACAGAAUGGAUUGAUAAAUACGGAGAAUCGGCUCGUUUGCGUUAUUCGUAUUCGCACAUACAUGAAAAACGAGUAACUAAUCCAAGACCAUUCAUUGACAUUUCUCAAUACGAUUUGCACUCACCACGAGCGUUUUAG